AUGCGCCGCGCCAGCCGAGACCACACCAAGCACCUGCAAGGCUCCGAGGAGAUGGGCAGCCGUGGCCCCGGUGCCCCGGAGGAGGGCCCCUUGCACGCCCCACAGCCCUUGCCGACAGCCCCGCACCAGCCCCCCACCGCCUCCCGCUCCAUGUUUGUGGCGCUCUUGGUGCUGGGGCUGGGCCAGGUGGUGUGCAGCAUCGCCCUGUUGCUGUACUUCCAAGCGCAGAUGGAUCCUAAUAGAACAUCUGCAGAUGGUACUCACUGCAUUUAUAGAAUUUUGCAACUCCACGAAAAUGAGGAUUCACAAGAUGCUACUCUGGAGAGUCAAGACACGAAAUUAAUGCCUGAGUCAUGUAGGAGACUUAAACAGGCUUUUCAAGGCGCUGUGCAAAAGGAAUUACAGCAUUUUGUUGGGUCACAGCAACACACUAGAGCAGAGAAAGCUACAGUGGGAGACUUAUGGUUUGACCUGUCCAAGAAAGGCAAGCUCGAAACUCAACCUUUUGCUCAUCUCACUAUUAACGGUACCAACAUCCCAUCAGGUUCCCAUAAAGUGAGUCUUUCCUCUUGGUACCAUGAUCGAGGUUGGGCCAAAAUCUCCAACAUGACUUUCAGCAAUGGAAAACUGAUUGUUAAUCAAGAUGGCUUUUAUUACCUGUAUGCCAACAUUUGCUUUCGCCAUCAUGAAACUUCUGGAGACCUGGCGACAGAGUAUCUGCAGCUGAUGGUGUAUGUCACAAAGACCAGCAUCAAAAUCCCGAGCUCUCACACUCUCAUGAAAGGAGGGAGUACCAAGUACUGGUCAGGGAAUUCCGAAUUUUAUUUUUAUUCCAUAAAUGUUGGGGGAUUUUUUAAGUUACGAUCAGGUGAGGAAAUAAGUGUAGAAGUGUCCAACCCUUCUCUUCUGGAUCCAGACCAAGAUGCAACAUACUUUGGGGCUUUUAAAGUUCGAGAUGUUGAUUGA